ACAAAAAGUAUCAAGUCCCCAAUACUUUUUGAUUUCCAGUGAAAUGGCAGAUUCAAUCAAUAUUGUAUCUGAAGCUUUAACUCAACUUGGAGGAAAACUUAUUCCAUUAGAUGCCUUAGUAAAUACUGGCAAAACAUACUGGUCCUCUGUACAUACAGUUACAAGGCAGAUUGAGGAAAAGUCUUCUCUAACAAAAAAUGAACAUCCAAAACCAAGUGAACAGCCUGCAGGUUUCCAAAGUAUGAGUGGUACAGCUGAUAAGGAAGACACACCAAAAAUCAAUGAUAUCCCUCAUUCUCCAGAUAGUAUUGGUAACAUAUGUUAUAAUCAACCAUCAAGAUGUAUCCUCCCUGUAACCUGUUUACUUGACUAUUUCAUCUCCAAACCAAACAACUCUAGUGUUACACCAGUUAACAUUAACUUAUCACAAAGGAUGUCAUUGGAUUGCAAAUCAAUAACUUCCAUUUGUAACUCAGAAGGUAAGUCUCCAAUAACAGAGUUAAAUGGAUUUUCAAAAAUUCUUAGUUUUGAAGAACAUGCAUCAAGAUCAGAAAAACGUUCUUCAAACUGUUGUUUCAAAGCUAAAAUGACAUCUUGA